AUGCUCGGGCAUUCUCGCACAUUGCCCUACCUGUUCAAUAUCAGAACUUACAACCACCUCACCCAUUUCACCACACCCAACCACUUCAUCCACCGUGACGGUGGGCAAUUUGGAGGGAGAGGAGCGUGCGUUCCUUCUCGUCCUCGAGGAGCGCCCCCGGCUGACGAGGGCGGCGAGGAUAACGAGGACCUACGGGUCGUGAUCGGCGGUGGCGCUGGCAGCCCGCUGAAGAGCCUUGCCAUCAUGGAGGGGCUCCGGAGAAGCUUAGUGAAGGAUGAGGCGGUCGCGGAGGGCCUCAAGCCCUUCCAGAUUAUCCUUCCCGCCUACCUCGACUUCUCCAAGGUCUUCUGCGACGACCUCUGCCUAACCAGCCUGCGAGAGUGCCUCGGCAGGGCGUCGUACACCCUAGGCGGUCACGACCUCGCCCUCGCCCUUCACGUAGGGGAAGCUGCCCGACCGACCAGGCUUUGCCUCAUAGCGAUCAGCUGCAUAGGGAUCGCAGAUCUCGGGUUCCGCCUCCGUCUCGUCCGGGCGUGGCACGUCCUCUGCAGCUACGGCCAUCUCGUCCUCACGAAGCAGGCCCCGGACCACAACCUCCGAAACUUCGUGGAGAGGUUCUCCGAGACCGCCAUUAAAUCCGCGAUGGGCACGCCCCCACGGCCUCUACCGGGAAGGCGUCCGCUUGAAGGAGGAAGGCUCAUCAAUCUCGCUAUCCACAGCGCGUUCAACCUUCAGCCAAAAAGGCUGAUACUGGCCUUGUUGUACAUCGCGAUCUUCCGUACGGACUAUCGUGGGCCGAUCCCGUGGGAGAACCACACCACCGACGGGUUUCUCGACCUGCUCCUAGAAGGGAUGCGGGACUGCUCGAGGUCCGUGGUACAAGUCCACCGAGAGGUACUGGGACGCCUGAAAAGAGAGGGAAAGGACGUGGCUUCGUGGACAUCCUGCCUCUUCCGCCACAUAGAAGAGAGAGCCUUUCGCGCAAGCGAUGAAGACCCGAAUCGACCAGCAGAGCCUCCCAUCUUCAAGAUCACGACGGAGGACCUGAACGACGUUACCGGAGCUGUCGAUUCGGUGAAGAGCGCCGGGAUCUGGGUCUUCCUCCCCGUCUCGAUGCACGCUCGCAUGGCGAAGACGGCGAAAAAGGACCGCAAAGGGCCCAGCAACCUCCAAGGAGCUGAAUAGGUUACGAGAGGCCGUCAUUCUAAAUGAUAGGCGAUGGGAUAUCGUGGACGCUCACCCGCCGCCCAAUCAUGAAGAUGACUUCGCGUUCCCCACCGGGAACGACGACAAGAGGAACUAGGGCCACCACCGAAGCGUCUUCACUUUAUCAAGUCCUGGCAAUACGAAUCCACUGAUUUAUUCCCAGUGCAUACCUCCUCGCAUUUAGACUUCCUCUCCAUCUCUAAAAAACGCCAACCUCCUGCCCUUUCAAACGUUUCCGUACUGGGACCAGAUAAGGGUGUUACCAUCAGCAAAAUGGAAUAGCCCCAUAAUAUAGAUUCCAAAUAUAAUGUCCAGCUGAUUGGGGAUGGGCUAGCGGGGGAAAUUUGAAUAAAUGAAACGCCAUUGUGAAGACAUUAUGACUCGUGUAUGGAGUAAAAC